AUGCGAUUCUCAACUCCAGCAGUCUUUUUGACAGUUAGCAGUCUCCUCGGAGCUGCUGUUGCUCAUAACAUUCAACUUGCAGCUCAUGGCAGAGAGUGCUUUCACGAACAACUUCACAAAGAUGAUAAAAUGACGGUUACAUUCCAAGUUGGAGAUAGGGAGUUUGGCAGUGCUGGCAAUUUGGAUAUUGAUUUCUGGAUCCAAAACCCCGCCAACGGAUAUGAGACACAUGAGAGAGCUGUAUCCAACGGAGAUCAUUCAUUUACUGCCAACCACGAUGGCAAGUAUCUAUACUGUUUCAGCAAUGAGCAUUGGUCGGCAUCUAGCAAAGAUGUAUCUUUCAAUGUUCACGGCAUUGUCUAUGUACCAGAGGCAGAAGCUCCAUCGGAUCCUUUAGAGGCAGAAGUGCGACAAUUGUCUGAACUUCUUGCUCAAGUGAAAGACGAACAAUCAUACAUUGUUGUGCGCGAGAGAAUCCAUCGAAAUACAGCGGAGAGCACAAACGGCAGAGUUAAGUGGUGGAGUAUCUUCCAGAUGGGAGUUCUGGCGGCCGAAGGUAUCUUCCAGGUCUGGUGGUUGAAACGAUUCUUCGAGGUCAAACGCGUUGUUUAA